AUCUUGGUCAGUGUGAGCUUGUGAGCAGCCGUCCGAGGAGGUGUCCGUUUUUCGGUGAUACGUAUCUAGUGUGAAUUCUCGAAUCCUUUAAGCGACCCCGUGAAAUCCGCUAGCAUCCAGGAUGUCGGAGCGGGAGGACAAUGUCUACAAGGCAAAAUUGGCCGAGCAGGCAGAACGCUAUGACGAGAUGGUCGAGGCAAUGAAGAAGGUGGCAUCCCUCAACGUGGAGCUCACCGUCGAAGAAAGGAACCUAUUGUCAGUCGCGUACAAAAAUGUAAUCGGUGCGAGGAGGGCGUCCUGGCGAAUAAUCUCUAGUAUUGAACAGAAGGAGGAGAACAAAGGAGCGGAAGAAAAAUUAGAGAUGAUUCGCCAAUAUCGUUCCCAAGUAGAGAAGGAGCUCAGGGAUAUUUGUGCUGACAUUUUAGGAGUCUUGGACAAACAUCUUAUUCCUUGUGCGUCAACCGGCGAGUCCAAAGUCUUCUAUUACAAAAUGAAGGGUGAUUACCACCGUUACCUCGCAGAAUUUGCCAUCGGUAACGAUAGGAAGGAAGCGGCCGAAAACUCAUUGGUCGCAUACAAGGCUGCAAGCGACAUAGCAAUGACAGAACUGCCACCUACUCACCCUAUUCGCUUGGGACUGGCUUUGAAUUUCUCCGUAUUUUACUAUGAGAUUUUGAACAGUCCUGAUAGAGCGUGUCGUCUUGCAAAGGCUGCCUUCGACGAUGCAAUAGCUGAACUCGACACCCUUUCCGAGGAAAGUUACAAAGACUCGACUCUCAUCAUGCAACUCCUCAGGGACAACCUCACCUUAUGGACCUCGGAUAUGCAAGGGGAUGGCGAAGGUGACCAGAAAGGGCAGCUGCAAGAUGCGGAGGACCAGGACGUGUCGUAACUCUAGUUGCAGUGAGUGUCAUUCGCGCAUACAAAUGAAACAAAACAAAAAAACUCUUAAUAAUUCUUAAGCAAAAAACAAAACAUACAGCUGGUGGGAGUUCAGGGUGGGGAGGGAAGCUCUUUAGCUAUCAUGUGAUCGUAAGUAUGGUUCACACAUUUACGAUCACUCCAAAAUCAUCCAAUCACAUGUUGUUGAGUUAUGGAGCACGCAGAAAAGAAGGAUAACGACGCAUCCUGCGUAUUAGUGAGAUUACAAGCAUUUAUCAAGGUGAAAUCCUCCGCCUGUUGCAAUACGAGUUCCUGGCUGGGUGUACCUUGCACUGUCCGGGGACUAUUUUGCUAUACGUAGUUUUUACAUUGCGUACGCUUUGAUCCAAAUUCUUGAAUGCCAAUGCGGUGAUGCAUUAAUUGAUAAUUGAUGAUUCUGUAAUCUCCAAAAAAAAUGUAGUUGAAUUGUCAUUUUUGGAUCAAGAUACGAGCUUGGAAAAAAUAACAUGGUCAUGAUUAUAUAUACACCACUUUGUCUAGAGAAAAUUGUCGUAAAUCAGUUCCCUAAACAUUAUUAUGCAUAAUGAUGUGCUAGGACAUCAACAACACAUACUUUUUGCUACUAAAGCAAAGUUCCUUCUCUUUUUUUUUUAUAUAUAAUCAGUUUGUGCAUUACGUGUAUUUAUGUGGCACAUUGAAAUAAAUUAUUUUACCGAUCACCUACAUAGAUGUUCAUGUUGAACACCGUUAUGAGUGUCAGUAGAGGUAUAAAUUAUUUCCAAUAUUUUUUUUACAUUAUGAAUUAUUUUCAAAAAUAUCCCUUCGAUCGAACUAAAAAGACAUGUGCUCCAUUUUUCAUCUUGUUUUCACCCAUUCUCUUUUCCCCCUCUCUACCUUUUACACAUGGCUUGAGGCUUUUGCGAAGAUUCUAUGUAAAUGAUAUUUCCAUUAACAAGUUGGAUACCUGGUCAUAUUGCACCGAACAUCUGAUGGCAAAGUUUACAUUGUAUCCGUUGACCAUAGAUGUGACGUAGAGUACAUUGCUGCGAUAUCACUUUGUUAGUGAUUUAUUUUUUACUUAAAAUCUUUGAGAGUUUGAAUUGAGCGUACGCUUUCAAGACGGACACCGGGCAUGCUUCAAAAAUGAAGAUGGAAAAACAAUUUGUGAAAAUUGGUGUGUGGCGUGCCCCUACAUUUAAGUAUUAUAGCAGUAAUAAUAAUUAUUAAUUAUAUUAUAAAUAUAUUACAAAGAAUAACAUUAAAUAAUAUUGAUAAUACCAUAAGUAAGUAUAAUAAUAAUAAUAAUUUUAAUUGUACGAGGAGCCGAAUGAAGUAAUUAAGAUUAACUUUUGCAAUAGUGAAACGUUGAAUAUAUAUUGUAAAAUUAUUGAAUACCACAAGGCAUAUAAUAAUUAAAUCACAAAAAUGAAAAAAAAUAAGAAAAUACAUAAAAAAAAUAAAACAAGACAAAUGCCAAUGCUGACAAUGUAGGCAACACACACACGCAAUUCGGUUGAAAAAAAGAAAAAAAAAUUUAGGAACAAGAAAUCAUAUUUUGGAAUUCGCAUGCGUUCACUCUGUACUAGAAAAUUAAUACGAUACACCAAGUAUGACUUUUCCUGUAAAGCCACACAUGAAAACUGGAAAUAAAGUAAUUAUUACUGUC